GGUAUCGUUGGGAUAGGUCGAUUCUAAAUUCAAGUUCAUUUAAUUGUUUACACCUAUUUCUAUUACAGCAAAAUGUCUUGCGUUAACGGCACUGAAGAAAAGAAAAUAAAACAAAUGCCAAAUUACAUUAAACAAAAAAUAAGUGUGUAGAGGCCACAGAAACACAAGCUUCCGAGUUGCUCACUUCGACAGUGAAUAUAUUCAAAACUAAUUUUAAGCAAAGUUUGAUAGCCAAAUAUUUAUCCCAUCAGUACAGCACAGUACUUAGUAUUUUGUCCAUAACAUACGGCGCAAUUAAAGAAACUGUAGUAACAUUGGUGUUCCUUUUGAAAACAUUUAUGUAUUCCAGCGUAUAGAAAUUAGAAAUUUUAAUUGAGGCCCUCAAACAGUGUAACAUCCACGCAUCAUUGAACGUAUUUGGACCGUGUAUCCCGGUAGUCUUGAGAUUAUGAAAUCAAGCUUCUGUGUAAUAACAGAAUCCUUAUAUAACACUUCAGUCUCAAUGCUAACAAUGCCACUUAUGUCGGCAUUUAUUAACGUUUCCCGUUCUACAAUAAAUGGCGAGAUCACUGAUUCUUUGUUAGGCAUUUUAUAACAUGUAAGGAUAAAAAGUGAAUCCACAUUUCACCUAUAAAACUGUGAUUACCCUUCCACGCAGACUCUCUCGUCGUUAAAAUAUCGUACACCACACACUGACUUGUUUUGGUUUGGCUGCCCAUUAAUUCCUUCUUUUGUCUCCUGUGUUUUUCUCAUUGUUGCUGAUAUUUUUUUUUUCACUUGUGAACUUUUUUUAUUUGAUCAUGUCAAGAUAGUCAACGACAUUGUUCGAAUUCCGCAGUGACAAAGAAAAUCACAACAAAUGUCCCUGUAAACAGCCUCCGCUUCUUCUGUAAACGUAAAUGCCAAGCUCAAAUAUUUGCCGUGAUUAACUUGAAUGCGAUGUUGAUUUACAUUUGCGUGACCUAGACGCAUUUGAAUGUGCAUUCCCAGGUUGUCAACGCGUUCUACGCACGAAAACGUGUUAAAUACAACGUGAUAUCGAGAUUUUAGCUCAUUAUGGAGCGCGAUGAUGACGAUUUUGAGAAGUCGCUGGCUCUUGCCUCCGCCACAGCCGACUUAAUGCAGUACAGGCUGGAGCAACUUGCCCAAGAUAUCGAGAGCGAGUACAAGAGGUUCGACUCCUGGCGUGACAAAUGCGACAACAUGAAUCAGUGGCUCACUGAAUCGGAGAAACUGAUUAAAAACGAAGAGAAGAUUGGAUCUGACAUAGACGUUCUUCAAGAGCAGAUUAAGGACAACCAGCUCUUUCUGAAUGAAGUAAAGGAGUACGAGCCAAAAGUUAACGCGAUGGUUCAGGAAAGCCAGGACCUCGUUGACAGUAGCAAGCUGGAUAAAACGGACAUUGAUGGAGUUGAUAAAACCAAGAAUGCCCUUAAUUCAAGAUGGAAGGCUGUCAAUGACCAUCUCAAAGAGCGGCAGCAAAAGUUAGAUUCCGCCCUCUUGGACAUUCUGAAGAAAGACACUGAAGGCAGACUCGGUCGGUGGAGAGAGCAGUCAAUAGCGCUUGGAUUGCUGGUCAGUGAAGCUACACGAAAAGUAGAGCAAGACGUGGAUGAAACUGACUAUGGAGACAUCCAAGCCAGCGUUGUGCAACUUCAGGAAGUCGAAAACUCGCUAGCGGAAGACUUAAGUAGAGAGUUAGUUGAAGUGUCGGAUUCUGGCCGUGACAUCAUUGAAAAGGAAGAGUUACAGCCUGAUGUUGGAGAUGAAGUCAGCGAGACCCUGGAUGCACUCAACAGACAAGUCACUGACCUAGAGAAAGGAACUAGAGAUAAGAAGGACAGGAUCAAGGAAUCGUCUUUGAAGUACUUUGGUCGUUCAUUGGCUGAUUGUGAAGAAGCCGUUGAGAAACUCGGUGAGACAUCCGUCAAUAGUUUCACCGAUGUUGGGUCUGACAUUGGCGAGGUUGGAAAGCAACUAGCAGAGUUGCAGGAAUUUGAAAGUGAUUUGGUUAUAGAGGAAGCGACAUUUAGUGACAUCAAAGACCAGUUUGAGGACAGCAAAGGAACAGAGAUGCUCAGAGAGGAAGACCGAGCACGAAUCCAGCGGAGAAUAGACGCACUAGAUGAAAAGUGGGCGGAAUUGAACAAAAAUCACGACGAAAACCAUCGAAAGUUAACCCACGCAAUGAUUGUCCUCCACGAAGAACUAAUGGAGGAGAUCUAUGAUUGGUUAGGCGAUGCCGAGAAACAAGCCGAUUCAAUAGCUGUGAACGAAGAUGACAUUAGUUCAGUCAUGGAAGAAUACGGCAGACACAGGGAACUGAAGAACGAAAUCUCCUCAUUCGACCCAACGUUCAAAAAAGCAAUUGGAAUAAGUGAUAGGCUACUGACCGAGCGGUUGGUGGACCCCGAGAGAGCCGAGAGUUAUGAAACGGAAAUAAGCACUCUAGAAAAGAGAUGGAAAAAUCUACAACUGAAAACCAUGGACAAUGGAGCAAAAUUAUCUGGUGUCCUUGGGAGAUAUAUCACAACACGAUUAGAUGACGCAGAGAUAAUCUUGACACAAGCAGAGUCAAGUAUAAGCAGAGAUGAUGCAGAUUAUUUGGACCUCGAAGCAGCCAAGAAAGCAUUAGAUGCGUUUAGGGUCAAAAAGACAGAAAUUAACGAGUCGCAAAAGAAAGUUGACGAGAUUCUCACCGAGUCCCAGGCCAUUGUCAAGGAGGAAUUCUUCAAGGAACAUGAGCGGGAUCAUUUUCAGGGUAGAAUUGACAUGAUUGACAAGAGGAACAAAGGACUCGAGGAGAAGGCUGACAAAGAGGAAAGAAGAAUGCUUGAUACCUACAUUUUGCUACUUAAACAACACUUGCAAAGGAUGAACGUUUGGCUCAAAAUGGCAGAGUCCCGGGUUAAGCAAGAAGGUGAGAUUGGUCCAGGUUAUGAUGACGUUAAGAAACAACUGGAAGAUCAUCAGGUCUUUCAAGAAGAACUUAGGGAUCACUCUAUGAUUACAAUGAUUCUUGGUGUGGACAUUACAAAUCCCGACAUCAACGACAGCACCCAACAACAAGUGAAGUCGCUCAGUGAUCGGUGGAGUAAAGUGUGGAACUGGUCUGAACAGAGAAAACACCAACUUCUUAAGGUUCUAAGCAACUGGCAGCGAUUCCGUGACGAGCAGUUGAUAUUGCUCAACUGGUUAUCAAGCAAGGAGAAAACCCUCAAAGACAUGGGAAGAACAGAUCUUACUGAUGAGGAUGAAGUCAAAGAACACUUGGAAAAACUCAGGAUAAUAGAAAAGGAGUUGGAUGAGCAAGGAAUACGUCUGCAGUCAUUGCACAAAGCCGGAGAGGAUUUGUUAAAGAACGUGGACAAGGGGGACCCGGCAGCCAAAGAGAUCAAUACACAACUGAAAGAUUUUGACGACUGUUGGAAUGACAUUGCAAAGCAAGUCAUCAACAGAAUACAACAGCUUGAGACCUCUCAGAGUAAAAUAAACGAAUUUCAUUCGGAAAUGGAUGCCACAAAUGAAUGGAUGGAUGAAACUGAAAAGCUGCUCAAGUCGUUCAGCGUUGGAAUGGAACCAGAAGAAGCCACCAAGUUACAGGAAAAGACGGAGAUCAAAUGCGAAGAACGUUCCAGAUACGCUGCUAAAGUUGAUCGAAUCAACCAGCUUGGCAAAGACCUGGCCGGAGAAAUCGAUCAACCGUCCCAUGACGCCAUUCAAGAAGAACUGCAGCCUUUCAACGCCCGUUGGAGUGACGUCUCGAGUCAGCUUGAGAACUUCAGUGACAAGGGCUAUCCUCAACCCGGGAGCGAGUGCUGCUUCCUUCGCAUCAUGAGAAGGAAAUUCGGAGUGUUCCAGUGACUGAGAUGAACUGUUAAUUUCAAAUUUGUGAAGAACUAACGGCGACCUUGUCAUCGUCAGUGUCUAUAUACGAUAACAAAGACGGAGGUGGCUGUUGCUGAGCAACGAAAACAUUCGGUGUGCUCCUGCAUGAACGCGGAAGUUUUUGCUGACUACGAAUAAGAAAAUUUUAGGUUUUUUUUAGUUCUUUCUUUGACAAAAGUACCAUUUUUCGCCUAAAACCUGUCAUUACAGCGAUGUUGAUGAAGUGGCUGGGAAUGGCAAGCGAUGACUUUGCUCCUCCCCCCUACCCCCGCCGCCCAAACCCCAAUUGGAUGAAAGUUGCUACUUUUUGCACAUCAUACGUUUUUCACUUGUAAAAAGACACAUCGGCACGAACAUGAUAGCAAUUUUCGUUAGUACUGUUUUUCAUCUCACUGUCACCUGUUUUUCAUCUCUGUAGCCGUGCUAGCAAGACUCACCAAACCCUCCUCCAUGAGAAAAGCGUUGCGUGACGAUACACAAGUGACACGUCACCCCAAGGUUCAUUUAAUCCAUAUUAAACGUUGGUUGACGAAAAAAUCAGAAAUAAUCAGAAAAAAAUCAGAAAUAAUCCACUAGAAUUUCAUUAAUUUAAAGUUCAUUUUGAAGUUUUAAAACUACCUUUGCCCUUGCGCUUCAAAAUAAUAUUAAUGGCUAAAUGCAAUUAAGUUGUAAAUUUGUAUUUUUUGUAGGAAACUUGUCAGGCGCCCUUGGGGUUCAAGUCUUUUAUAGUUAUUUGUAGUCAUGAUUUCGAUCUAUUUGUCGACGCAUAAAGGUAUUUACUGAUAUUUAUAACUGCUGACUUCGCUUUACCAGUUCAUAGUUUUUUUACAAAAAAAGAAAAGCUUAUUUCGCCUGAUGAAAACUCUCGAAUGCGGUUCAAAGCGGAGUCUAAAGCCCUUUUUUUUUAAUUUGGUCGCCCUUGCUAACGACUUUUAAGCUAUUGAGCUGCGCCAAUAGCUCAAACUUGCUCAUGUCGUCUCUUGUCAUAUUAUCUUAAGAUAUGCCCACAACUUUGACCAAGGUUUUAAACGUAUUUAACAGGGCUAAGCUUCCUUUCCCAAGAGAGAUCAUAGUACAUAUUGCAAUGCUUUUGUGAUGAUGUAUCUUAUUUGUUGAUGCAGGUAUGCCUCGUGUAACGUUAGGACCAGUUUUCAAACAUUUAAAGUAUUUUUAAACAUUAUUAAAUUUAUAACAUUGCUUUA